AUGUUUGUGGGUCCCGGUGGCAGCUCCUGGGGGGGCUGGGUGCUGGGUGCUGUGUGGGCGGAGUUGAAGAAGUUGGGUCUGGGCUCGGGCGUGGACCUUCACGUGUACGAGGUUCCUGUGGAGUAUCACACGGUGCAGACUCUGGUGCCGGCUCUGUGGGAGCAGUACCACCCUCUGCUGGUCAUCCACGUGGGCGUGUCCGAGAUGGCGACCACGGUGACGCUGGAGAAGUGCGGCCGUAACCACGGAUACCGAGUGCGGGACAACAGCGGCCUGUGCCCCGACGAGCACUGCUGCGUCGCCGGGGGACCCGACUGCAUCGACUCGGUGAUCGACCUGGAGUCCGUGUGCAAGCGGGUGAGCGGCGCGGGGCUGGGCGUCGCCGUGUCCGUGUCCAAGGACGCCGGCAGAUACCUGUGUGACUUCACGUACUACACGUCUCUGUACCUGAGCCGGGGCCGCUCCGCCUUCGUGCACGUGCCUCCGCUGGGGAAGCCCUACAACGGCGAGGCGCUGGGUUUGGUUCUCCAGGCCAUCGUCCACGGCAUCCUGGAGCUCCUGGAGGAAACGGAGGAGAUCCACUGUCAGCAGCACUUACUCUAAACCCACUGUCACGUCAGACCGAGCAGUGAGAGUUUAUCCUGUACCUCGCUCACACUACCUCACGAGAACAACGUCUCUGUUUUUCUGCUUUGCAACUUGACAG